UGGCACUCGACCUCCAACUUUCAUCUUUUCUUAACGUCUUAUAUAUAAUACAUACCUACAUGUUAUAAAAUAACAAUACAUAAUUAUUUCCCAUUCCCUAGGUUAAUCUGUUCCAAUUCAUUGUGAACUAGGUACUCGUUCCGUUGCUUCUCCGCGGCCAUCUCCUUUGUAUUGGUCGUUACCGGGAAAUGCUGUGGAGUGUUUUUAAAUCUAUACGUGGACGGUGACUUGCAGCUAUUGCAACCAUGACGCCGCGGAACGACUCUUUCCAGCAAGGAGGAAUAUUAGGAUCGGUAGCUAAGUUCUGGACCCAUUCAUAUGCACCCGACUAUGUAGGAUUCGCUGGCCUGUUGACGGCCUACCUCUUGAUCCAAUUUCUCGUCGAACCUUUCCAUCGCAUGUUCUAUAUCAAUAACUUAAAUAUCUCAUUCCCCCACGCCGAAGUCGAGCGGGUGCCAGUCUGGCUAAACUUUGUUUACGCUCUGUUCAUUCCUCUCGGAUUUCUGCUGCUAUACAAUAGCUUCGCUCGAGCCUCGUUCCAUAAGCAUCACAGCACCAUUCUCGGCCUUGCCAUCGCCCUCAUCCUCAGUUCGUUCCUCACCGACAUUGUAAAGAACACCGUUGGCCGCCCUAGGCCGGACCUAAUCGCCAGAUGCAAGCCUGUCGCCGGCACUAAACCUAACGUCUUGGUGACUAUCGAUGUAUGUACCGAGACGGAUCACCAUACCCUCCACGACGGCUGGCGGUCUUUCCCCUCAGGGCACUCUAGCUUCUCCUUUAGCGGUCUCGGGUACUUAGCUUGCUUUCUGGCUGGCCAAUUGAGGAUAUUCCGCGAUAGGAAGGAUCUUGGCCGUUCGCUGAUUUGCCUCGCGCCCCUGGUUGGAGCGGCUAUGAUAGCCAUCAGUCGGUGUCAGGACUAUCGCCACGACGUAUAUGACGUCUGUGUGGGGUCAGCGCUGGGGUUUACUGUCGGAUUUUUUAGUUACCGGAGGUACUGGCCACGUCUGAGUAGCCGUGAGUGCGACGAGCCGUACCCAGCGCCUGGUACCGAGAUCGAAGAUAGGGAAGGCUGGAGGAGAAUCCGAGAUGAAGAAGAAGGCGGGUUAAUCAUAGGAAGAAAUACCGGAUAAUCGAAUCGCGGAGACUCCGAGUUAAAAACCACGGAGUACAUAUAUUGUGAUAUGCAUGAACCAUUGUUUGGUAUAUGUUCUACUAUUCCUAGAGUGGCAUCCACGCAGGAUUCAGUUGGAUGCCCUAUGGUUAUAUUUAUCUACUUGUAAUGAGGCCCUCGAAGAGGAUCUGGUCAAAGUCAAUCAUAUAUAUCUAGCUGAUGGAUAGUCGAUCUUGGCCCAGAGCUUAAUCUAUAGUAUAGUUUGGUCUCUAGGAUGUGAGAUGGUGAUAAGGCCUAUUGUAAAUUAGAGAUUGCAAAAACUAUACUGAGGCUAGAGAUGGUAGUUAGGAUACGGGUAACCUCUAUGAUAUCUCAGCUGCUUCCCUUGAUUGCAAAAAGCGAUUAAGUAUUUCUAUUCGCCUUUUCUUGA